CCAUGACCCUGAGUAUUGUUCUCAGAUCGGAAACGCCAACUUCACACUUGUGAAAAUUCCGUUUCGUAUCGCAAUAUACUAUUUUGACAGUGAUGUUAGGUUCAACGAGUAGCCGAAAUGUAUUUUUUUCAUUUACUUUUCGUUUACGAGUAAACGAAAGGGCACUUUUCGGCACGAGUUCUAUCUUGAUAAACUUUCCUGUAUAAGGGUGCCUUUUCAUUCGACGUUAAUGUUCGCAUCUCUGUGAAGAUACCUGACAAUAUAAUAUUAGCACCACGUCUCCAGCGACCAAGUAGCUCCACUGUCACCUUCACUUUUCUUGGAACAUUGUUAUUUUCUUCUGGGUGAUCAAGGAAAAAAGGGGCACUAAUUUUGAGGAGAAGGGUAUGAAUCACUUCGUGUUUUGAGAACAAGUAUGGCGCUUUUCGGGUCCUCAAAAAUAUUCCCAAGGCUGUUCCACUGAUUGCCCAGGCAAGUGAGCUAUCAACAUGGCAGUUGGAGUAUUCCCUGCUCUAAAAUUGGGAGUUUUAUUCAUGAAACAGAUUAGUAAACCUCUUGCCAAAGUCAUUGUGACAAAUGCCAAGAAUCAUCCGGUUUUCAGGAAUUAUUUUAUCAUCCCACCUGCUCAAUUCUACCACUGGGCAGAAGUGAAAGCGAAGAUGUACUUAAUGAAUUUGGGAAAACCCACAAAAGUAGCAAAGUUAAAUGAGCAGAUGGCAAUCGAGCUCGGUGCAAGCCUGAUGGGCGAAGUGAUAAUCUUCACAGUGGCAGGCGGUUGUCUCAUCCUCGAAUACAACAGACAAGUAGCCAAAGAAGCUCGAAAAGAAGCAGAUAGGCAAGCCCAACUUCAAAAAUUCGCAGACGACAUCAGCAACCUUCACCAUGCUUCUCAACAACAAGCAAAACAGUUAGAGUAUCUCACGAAUGUCAUCGAAGAAAUGGCGAGGAAAACAAAACACAGAAUUAAUCUUGACCAACUAAAAUCAGUCGGAAUAUCUUCAGUUCCUGGGGACUCUUGUGAAUUCCCGAAUGAACAUAGCAGAGAUUCUAUCAGUGAUAAUAGCAAUAAAAAUAACAAUAAUCAUAAUGUUAAUAAUAAUGAUGAUAAAUCAGUUAUAAAUCGAGCAAUAGUUUAUUACGAAAAUGAUGUCAAAGGAAAAUUCAGUUGAAGUAUCCUUCAUUCAGCAGUAAAUCAUUAAAAUAUAAUGAAAUCGAACAAGCAUGAUGUCCCUCUUUUUGUUACAUAUGCCAUCAUUUUGACAAUUUCGUAAAUUUUUAUUUCGACCUAUCACUUUCAUAUUAAUUUUAUUUUUCUCAUUUCUCCCAUUUGAAUGUCAACCAAUAGAAAUACAGUACUUCAUGUUCUGUGGUGGAAUGGAGAUAAAAUUAUUUCUGUAACUUUUCGGCUAUUUCCAUCAAUGAUGUGCAAAAGUAAACACUUCUAUUUAAAUGCCAA